AAGUACAACUACAACAAAAAUGCUAUGGCUGUCUGUUGGAAUUAACAUGAUUGGCCAUGAUUGUUAAGCUGUUUAAAAAUGAGUGAGAAGCUGCCACCAUUAGACUUGAUUCCUCUGCCUGAGGACUCUAAAGAUGGGUGUUCUGUUCCCGAGUCAGAAGGAGAUGGAGAGACAGGGGACAAGUCGGAAAGAAAACGACAUCACACCAACGAUGAGAUCCAGUCAGCUGAACCGGGUGAGAAGAAGAAAAAGCUGGACGCCAAAGUGUUACUGAGCUCUGAGCUGGAAAAACAGAAACAAAAAGCUGUGGAAGAAUCGGAGAGUGGCAAUCUGGGAAUGCAGGGUGAUGCCGUGUCUAGUCAGGAUGGCGUCGAAGCUUCGUCGAGCUCCUCGCAGACGAUUGUUGACGAGUUGUUCCAGGAUUUCCUCGCCUUCAAGAUGCAGCAGGACGAGAAGGUGAAGCAGCUGAAACAGCACAGUGUGAAGUCGGCCGAGGUCUCGCAGGUCGCCCACUCCAUGGAGGAGAUGAGCAAGCUUCUCGACCAGGAGAUCAACCUGUUGCUGAGCACCAAAAAGCCACAACAGACUGGGUCCGAUUCGCCACCCUACAAGGAGAAGAAGAAGAAGAGGCAUUCGGAGAAGAAGAGAGAUCGAGAACAUAAACAUCGCAACAGAGACAGAAGUUACGAUCGUGAAGAUCGGAGAGACAGAAAACAUAGGCGUGAUGAGAAUGAUGGUCGGGAUGGCGAUAGAAAGAAAAGGAAGGAAUGUGAUAAAUGGGACAAACAUUCAGAACGUAGGAGAGAUAGAGAUUCAGAGUCAAAGAGAGAGAAGGAUUCUGAAAAAGAUAAGAAUAAAGACAGUGGAAUGAAGAAGGACAAAGAUUUGGAAAGAGAAAAGAACAAAGAUAGUGGAAUGAAGAGAGAGAAAGAUUUGGAAAGAGAGAAAAAUAAAGACAGUGGAACGAAGAGAGACAAAGAUUCAGAUAGUAAUAGAGAUAGGGAAGUGUCAAAAACCAGCAGUGGAACAAGACAGAACAAUGACGCUUCCUCUAUAGAUGGCUGUGAUCAUAAGAAAGAAAUUGAUUCCACAACACACCAAACAUCAAAUGACAAAAUGAAUAAGGUCAAAGAUUCUGAAGCUGUUAAUUGUGCUGAUGAUAAUUCUAGUUCUCCAAAGGCGGGUUUAGGUUUUAGUUUGCAGAAACCUGAACCUUCACUGGUGUUUGAGACUGGCAACACAAACAGUGUGUCGGCUGAUUCCAAGAAGCUGGAUGGGGAUAAUAAAGCUCCAGUUUCAGUGGACACACAGAAGAAGCCGAUGGGUUUGAAGCUGGCCAUUAGUCAAGAAAGCACAGCCUGGAUUCUGUCUGGACAGUCACAUAACUAUAAGAAGAAUAAAAUAAUGGAGGAAGGUGAGGUGAGUUGGUCCUCCAGCGACAGUUCAUCUGACAAGGAGUCUGAGUCUGAAGAGAGUGACGACGACGAGCUACCCGACGGUAUACCCAAUGAGUCAGGGUCUUUGUCCGACACUGAUAAGGAAAGUAAAUCUUCAAAGUCAAAAACGAAAAAGAAAAAGAAACAUAAGCAUAAGAAAAAGAAAAAACAUAAAAGCAAGGAUAAAGCAAAGAAAGAUGAGAAGAAAGAUAAGCUAAAAGAGAAAAAGAAUGAUGACAAGAAACAUUCACGGUCAAGGUCUGGGUCACCACGAAAAGGUCAUCGAUCGAGGUCAUGUUCUGCUGGCCGCAAAUCAAGAAACAAAUCCCGGUCACGUUCUCCUGGUCAUAGAUCGAGAACGAGAAGUCACGACAGACGGAAAGACAAACAUGGCUAUGAUGAGUGGGACGCCCGUAGCUAUGGAUCCAAGGGUGAGCGUGAUCACAGACGGCAUAGAUCGAGGAGUCGAUCGCGAUCGCGAGACAGGGGGCGUGACCGGUGGUAUCACCAUGAUACGAGAAGCAGCAGGGAGGAGAGGGACUUGAGACUGAAGAUUGAUAAAGCUAAACUCAGGAAGAUAGCCAUGGCUAAUGUUUUAAAGAAGAUGCAGGCUGGAGAAGAAAUAUCUGGUGUUGACUCGGUUACAAUGAACAUGCUGAAAGCUGGCGGGAAAUCAGUGGAGGAACUUACAGAGUACUGUAAGAAACUUGCCGAGCGUGAGAAGUGUGCGUAUUCGAGCAGUGAGAGUGACGCAGGUCAGCGAUCGGACAGUGACGACGAUUCACUGAUACAUCACCCAUUUGUGAUUCGCGACCCAGCAUCACAGCCCAGCAUUGUUCUCAAUAUUCGGAAUUCCAAGCAGCUGCCUGUUCGAACUCCCCAGGAGACGGUAAUGGAGUCAGCACAGCUCAGACUUCAGUUCCCUGUGUCCAGCGGAACGUCCCAUCGCGCCAAGGAGGGGGAAUGGGUUCCCGUGCCAAAAACAACAGCAGCCGCUAUUGCAGCACCAGCGGCUGCACUAGUGACGGCCGUUGCUGUCGGUGAUAUCAAAGUAGCUGAAGUGAGCAGUGUGACUACUCAAUCUGCAAUAAUGCCAGCUCCUGUCGCUCCACCACCACCACCACCACCUGUCCCUGCAUCGGCUACAACUACAGCAGCGGUUCCUGCCGUUGAGACUAAUAAUGCAGAUAAAGUGUUUCCUGAUCCACCACAAAAGGCAAUCGAUAUUGGCAGCAUCAUAAGUGAGCGGCUGCAUGCAGCUCGGAAGUUAGCGUCUAACCCAUACGAUGUGCAGGCACUGACGGCCAUGCACCACGUACAACAAAAGGCAAGUCGAUGGGCGGAGUCUAAACACCUGCCCGGUCAGUUCAUUGGAUCGACCGGUGUCCAGACAUUAACCCCGCAAGAACUGGCUGCUGGAGAUAAGAGAAGCCAGCCGUGGGCAAGAAAGUGAAGUGAGACGAGCACAGCCUGAACAGAUGUGAAAGCUUGUUACAGGUUCAGACCACACUUGCCGGCCUCCGAGUUAGACGUACAGGUAUUACGUGAUAUUGCCGACUCCAACACUGCAUCAGCCAUGUUUGUCCCAGGACAUGCGGAUGGUGAGUACUCACAGAGCCAAACACCCAGUUGUACACCCCCACCCUCCGUAAUAGUGUUCACAGUGUCUAUAUAGUGGAAUUCACAAAAGUCAUAAUUCACCUUUUAUUAGUGGUAAUUACACAUUAGUUGCAACACAAGAGUAAAAAUGUUACUUAUAUAGCAUAAAUUUAAUACAACAAAAAAUAUUUCACCAUCUAGAUUAGUGCCUGCAAAGUACAUUGGUAUCCAUUUAACAUGGAGUUCAUUUAAUGCGUUAUAUCCCUGUAGUCACAUAGCAGUCUAGUGAAUUUGAGGUAGAAAGCCAGUCUGUGAUAUGUGUUGAUUUCCAUCAACUCUAAAUUACUUGUAGUUUAAAACAUGAUCUCAUUUGAAUUAGUUUUAACUCAAGAGAGCAUGAAUGUCUGUUGUCAGAAGAAUGCCUGUAGGUUGAUAUUAACACAGGAUUCUGCAAUUUUGUUCUCUAUUCAUACUAGAUUGGGCUUCCUACAUGACUGGUAUUUGUUGCCCUGUAUUCCACUGAAAUGAGUGCUCCAUGGGGGCAUGAAACGCUCACUGGCCAGGUCUUGGUGCUCAACCUUAAAAUAAUUUUGUACGACAAGAACGAGAGAAAUGAUUAGCUAGGUCCAUUACACAUACCCUCUUUGUGUGUCUCCAUUAUACUUAAUAUUAUAAGUGUUUGUGCCUCUUCACAGUUAUAAGAUAUACCUUACUUCUCUACAAGACAUUUCACACAAUACCAGUACAAUAACACAGAUAUACAACUAGCAAGGUGUAGUUACGCUUUAGCCCAUAUAUACAUGUGAUACAGUUUUUUAUUGCCUAAACUGGGUGUUUGCUCUGUGAUGAAUGGUUAUCAUUUGAUGUUUUUGAUGUUUUGUUUUAAUGAAAUGAUGUUAGUGAUGUGAAUAGUGUCUGUGACAUAACCUACUGGAAUAGUUGUUAAUGUUAGGGAGGAAUGUUGGGUGAAAAUUGAAGGUAUGUUUUUUUUAAAGAAAUACUUUUUGAGGGGUUAGUGUUAAAGACAAAAUAUGUUUGUAAUUUGUUUCAAAUUUAUUAUAUGUUUGUAAUAUCCAAAUCCAAUGAAAUAAUUUUUUAAAUGAUUAUUAAAAAAACCCAACAACCACGUAACAAACUUUUACAGUAAUGUUCAUCACCACCAAGAUAAGGAUGGAGCCCUAAAACUAAUAUCCUCAACAAUAAUUGUAUCCUCAAUUUUGAUACUUAGGCCCAGUUUUUUAAAAGGAAUUUUAUUACCAAUGGUCUUGUCAUAAAAAAUUCACAGUGAAAUAUUAACAUUUUAAGUCAACAUAGAUGAUAAUCAUUUAUAAAGAACUUAUCUGUGCUAAACCGGCCUCGGUGGAGCAGUGGUUAAACCAUCAGACUACAGGCUGGUAGGUACAGGCUCCAACCCAGAGUGAGUUCUUAAGGGCUCAAUGAGUAGGUGUAAGGCCACUACACCCU